UCCUGCAACUAUAGGGUUAGCUUAGCUAACCUGAGCUUCAUGCUCCUCAGUCAGCUCAGUACAAGUUAUUUUUUAUUUUUAUUCAGGAUGGCAGAUAUGAAAUGAUGCUAUAAAAUUAUUUUUGAUGCUUUACGGGAGUAUCCAGCUCCUGGCUGAAAGUUAGAGACGGAUCUUGUUACUUCAGCGGAGCCGCUAGCUUAAAGAGUAGUUCCUACAUUUUUUCCCCCUAAAAUGGUGCUUACCUUGGUGAGACUGUGUGCCGGAGAGGUGGUAAGGGACCACAGCUCGUCCCCCAGCUGGUUGAGGUGUGUACCCCGGGAGCUGUACGGAGCGCUGCUGGAGGCCGCCUUCGCCUGCUGCAGACCGCUGGCGGUGGGUGAGCUGGUGCAGCGGUGGCCUGAACGGACCCUCCGCGUAGGAGGCCGGAGGAAACCGGGACAAGCGGCGCCAAAUCGGCUCUGUAUUCAGGCUAUGCUGCUUUCAGUUGUCAAAGGACUGUUGGACCAAAGGUCUGCUCUGCAAGUGCUGGACAUCUGUGGACUGCAGGGAGACGAGGGAGGAACGGGGGACCCAAUGGGAGGCUGGUCUCUGACUGUUGCCCUCUGUACCAUGGUUGUUCAGGCCAGAGCUGGAGCGCUGAGGAACCAGAGGAAAGAAGGAGACAGAGAGAGGAAACGGUUCUCAGCGCUAGAAAGAGAAAGGGAUUUGAAAAAAGAAAGAGGGAAUAGAAAGGCAGGGAAAGAACUCAGUGGUGAUGGUAUGUGCAGUAACAGAGAAAAGACUGCAUCAACAUGUCUUGUAAGAGAAGAAGAGACAACUGUAGGUGUCAGAAGGAGGAUGGAGAUGGAAAGGAAAAGAGAGACUGCAGCGACAGAAGGAAGUAAAAGUGAACUAGAAGAAGAGGAGGCGAAGUGGGAUGUGCUGGUUCAUGUCAGAGCUGAUCUUUUUGUUAACGCCCGAUCGUGGGAGCGUGUUCGCGUGGCUCUUGGCACACCAGGGCCCUUGAAGCUGCAUUGCAGAUACCUGCGGGUGGAAGAGAUUUCAGUGGCGAGUAUCAGAACCCUACUGAACCUGCUGCCUUCUAGGGGUCUCGUGGGCGUCGACGUUCGCUACAGCAGCCUCGGGGUGGCUGGCUUGGCAGAGCUGCUGCCUCUUCUCUCCACCUUCCCUGAACUGAAUUCCCUUCGCCUGCAUUACUGUAACCUGGACAUUCGUAGAGACUGCUUUGGCCAGGAGGAGUUGCUGAGGAACCUGUCCCAGGGGCUGGCACAGCUCAAAGAACUGAGGCGGCUCAGCCUCACUGCUCUGCGGCUGCCUGGACAGCUGAGAGUGUUGCUCAGCUCACUGCCUCAGCCUUUAGAGAUCCUGGAGCUGCCAUAUUUGAGCCUGAGUCCCGCUGACCUGGCCUAUCUGUCGUGCAGCCAUCACGCCRUCACACUGCAGCAGCUGGAUCUAAGUGGAAACCGUCUGGAUGAAAACACCCUGCCCUCGAUUCGACGGCUCCUCUCUCAGGCUUCCAGCAGCCUGCAGCAUCUUUCUCUUAGUGGCUGUGGCCUGACUGAUGCUCUUCUGGGUCUCUUACUGCCCUCACUCGGAGGUUGCUGGGCCCUCAAGAGCUUAGCUUUAGCCUUGAACCCACUCUCCAUGGCAGGACUUAAGGAUCUGGUGCGAACAGCAGUGAGAAUGCACUCCCUCCGACAUUUACUCCACCCCAACCCGCUGGAGGACUACCAGCCGGGGCUCCCAGAUCUGCCCUCCAGUGCUCAGCUGUUGGACUGGCCUCUGGAUGAAGCCACUGAUAUAAACAUGACCAGCAGCCAGCUGAACAGAUUGCUCAAAGAAAGUGGACGUUCUGACCUCUUCCUGACCUGUGACUUGCUCAAUUACGAUAAAGAUUUACUAGAGUAGAACAGAGGUCAGGGGUCCGUUUCAGGUCAUUCGUCGACACAACAGAGCAUUUCACAAAAGCCUUGACAAUCAAAUGAAAAGCACGUGAAAAAUAGCUCAUACCUCUACAAACCGUCAAAAUGUUAGUUUUAAGGUUGAACUAACAGGAUGUAAUUACGUGGGUGGCAUUGCACAAACCUACUUGUCCACCAAAUCAACACGUGGCAGCAAUAAUUAAAUUGUAAUUUGUAUAAAAUUGACAGUUAAUUUGURCACACACAAAUGGCUGAUCAGUGAUAAGUUGCUGUCCAAUCAGAGCUACUAGGUUAAUGCAUUAUCUUGUCUUGUUUGACUUUGUCAAUGCAACUGUACCAAAUAAGGACUUGUGAAUUAAAAUGUGACAAUUGUUUAAUAACUUUUUCCARUCUGUCAGGACCAUUUUGUUACUUGUGAAUACCACUUUUUAAUCUUUUGUAGUGGAAAUUGAAUGCACCCGCAUUAUAUAGCUAUAGAUAUAUAUUUUAAAUUUUAUACCAGGUAUUUGAUUUACUAUUUUACUCAUCUUUGUGCUGUAUUGUUUGAGUGCCUGUUUUGAAAUCUUUAUAAAUACAUUUUCUGCACUCACCAGCAUCAUGCAAAUAAAUUGGUGCUAUGUCUA